AUGAAGCGGUGAAAGUAUGCCUUGCAUGAGAACAGAAAUUAUAGAAGGGCUUGGUUUUGGGGCAGAAACGCUUAGAAUUUCAAGUCGCCUUUGCCCUCUAAUCGGAAUCAAGAUUGAAGAUUCAAUGCAGGCAACAUCAAUUCCAGGAACAUGUUUCUCUGACGCCACUGCUCCUGUCUCCCACAAGAAUUCUUGUAAAACUAGAUCCUAACGGGGGUGAAGUUUUAUGGUUGAAGGCUUGGAGCAGGGGUUGGCUAAAGUUGUUCAGCUUUUUUUGAAGGUUGUUUCUAUUUGUAAUGGCCAACCUUUUUCUUCUAUAAUUGACAGCUUAGGACCAAGUAAUUAAUUGAAUCUUGAUAGACAACAGCCAGCUUCUUUGAGGCCCCUUGGUGUUGGCCCUUUGUUUUAAUGACCCCUCCAACAACAUUAAAAAUUUUGUAGCUUUGACUACCGAGUAAUCACCAAAGAAGAAGGACAGGUCCUCUGUCUCUCGAUUAUUGGGGCAGUUAUGUUUUUAUAUGGUUGGUCCAAUAGAUAAUUAUUGUCAUUUAUGGAGUAUGGUUAUCUUUCAUUUUAAAAGCUACAUAUGGAACUAAUCAGGUUGUAAUAGACAUGGGUUAGGAUUGGGUAUAUUGAAGAUUGAGCCGCAUUGUUCUUGUCUUGUUACCUGUACAAGUUCAUGCAUUUACGUUUUGUGUCUGUUGACUUUCGAACAAAGAUUUUUCAUCUCUUCUAAUGGUAACAUGUUACGAGGUUUUUAUUCUAUUCUUCCCCCGCUUAUGGCUUGCUUAUUUACAAGCUUAAACAGAAAAUUACGGAAUAUUUUAUAAACAAUAAAAAUGCUAAGAUCAAUAGAUUGCAUAAUUGAAGAAGUGGGAAAUCAUAAGAAAUCGCUCAUCAACAAUGUAAACACCGAAACCUAAAUCUGAUUUUUUUUUUCCACAAGUCAUUGAUAUAUUCUCUUUUUUUGGGCCAUGAGAAAUUUUUUUUAAAUAGUAGUAUUAAAGAAAAAAGAAUUGAAAUUAAAAUUUUACAUCUUCUGCCUAAUGUGCAAUAAUCUAUUUUCUUCUUUAAAAAAAAGGAAAAGAAAAAAGAAAAAUCAUCAAAUCCUUUACCUCGUUAUAAAAAUUUGUACCAUGCAAAACCUGGCUUCAUGAUCUUCUCAAUUCUAAAGAGAUUACCUUUUUUUUCUCCGCCAUUUGUCAACGUUAUGGCUUCACCAAUAUCUUUGAAUGGUGGAUCGCUUUCAUUUUCAUCACAGAGACUGUUAGCGUUAGCCCAGCAGCUGCGUCACUACAAGCCUCCACCUUGUUCCUUGGACGACAACGAGGAACAAAUCAUCGAGGAAGCCGCGGGGAAAGUUGUUUCCCAAGUGGGUUUUCAAGAAUCGGUUACCCCAGUUGUCCAAAACCCGGAAAAAUGUAGACCCAAAAGAGCUGCUGUUUUGAUCUGUCUCUUUGAAGGUGAUGCUGGGGAUUUGCGUGUCAUAUUGACCAAAAGGUCUUCAAGAUUGUCUACUCAUUCGGGGGAAGUUUCAUUGCCAGGUGGGAAAGCAGAAGAGGGGGACAAAGAUGAUGGUGAUACAGCUACAAGAGAGUCUAAUGAAGAGAUUGGAUUGGACCCUUCACUUGUGAAUGUUGUAACUGUUCUUGAACCUUUUUUGUCUAAGAUGGAUGGAUGGACAAGUUAUUGGUUUUCCUUGCAGCAUCUCCUUAGAGUAUUUCCUGUUAUUGGGAUACUUAACGACAGAAAGGCAUUCAAGCCUACCCCAAAUCCUGCUGAAGUGGAUGCAGUAUUCGAUGCUCCACUGGAAAUGUUCAUUAAGGAUGAAAACCGAAGCGUGGAAGAGAGAGAAUGGAUGGGAGAGAAGUAUCUUGUUCACUUCUUUGACUAUGAAAUUGGGAAUAAGAAGUAUUUAAUAUGGGGUUUAACUGCCGGUAUUUUGAUAAGAGCUGCUUCAGUGGUCUACCAGCGACCACCAGCUUUCCUGGAACAGAGUCCCAAGUUCAAGUUUCCUGGAGUUGCGGACAAAAGUACUGUUAUGCCUUAAAUAAAGUUAAAGGAAUUUUAAGGUUGGCUUGUAUUUCAAAUCUUCAUUAUAAUUCUUUAUAUGGAAGAUGAGUCGAAGGGGGAUUUUAAGUAAAAUUUUUUA